AAAUUAUUGAAAGCGAAAUUGCGGCAGACACUGGAACACGGUCGAAAUGCUCCACCAAAGAAAGUACCAAUAACGCGUUUCCUCUACCCAUAUUUUCGAGAUUCGCAUGACAUGGAACCGCCAAGGAACAAGGAGACAGAACUGAUGCUGUAUCGAAGAGAAUACAACCCCUUGUUACGGGAAGAAAAGAAAUGUACGCUGCUUUUAAUCCUUUUUUUCCCAAGGACAGUCAAGGAAUGCCAGAUCUUGCGAAGUGCCGUCCGAAAAUCACUUAUUGAAGCGCGUAUUCAACCGUUUCUUCGAAGGCGCGAAUUGCUCGCCAAAAAAAUCCAGGCAAGUGGACAAGAAACAGCAGCGCAGCAAAUAGCGGAAUGGAGAAGUUCGCUAGCUGAGCAGGAACGCCUCAUCAAUUAUCACAAGAAUUUGCCAGACAGUGAAAUUUUUAUGGGCGAUUAUUCGGAAGUGGAUUGGGUGAAGAUUGCACAAGUUGAUUUUUCGGGGAACCGAACGGCAUUGCAAGUUCGAUUGAAAUGGAUCAAUGAGCAAUGUCCAAAAUGGUCGAAAGAACCGUGGACAGCCAUGGAAAUAAACUGCUUGAGGGCGCAUGGUUAUUGGAACAACUGGAAUGUCGUUGCGGAGAAGAUGGGUACAAAUCGUACGCCAUUCCAAUGUUUCGUCAAAUUCAAAAGCGAAAUUGAAAUUGAACAUAAUGGACGGCCAUGGACGAAGGAAGAGGAUGCGCAUCUGAUGGUGCUCACACACUGUAUACAAGUUAAUGGUAAAAUGUUUUGGGGCAAAAGUAUAUGGGUGAAUGUCUUGGACAGAAGUGUCAAAAUUGAGCCAUGGACUGUGGACGAAGAUGAGAAAUUGCUGGAAGGAAUCAAAAUUUUUGGAAGAGGUGAAUGGUCACGCAUUGCAACGAUGAUUCCGGGACGCUCAGCAUCACAUUGUAAAUCACGCUUCCGAUCACUUCUCUCAGCAAAAGUUAAGGUAAAUAAUGGUUUUGUGGGCAGACACUGCUAUGAUAGUUAA